AGAAAGCUUGAUAAUAACUGGAAGCUUUAUUAUGCCAUCGGGUCCCCGGGUCCCUUCCUUUGAAACCCUUAACCUACUCUCUUGAGCUUCUCUUUUUAUAUUGUUGAGGGUAGAUUAAUUCCUGUAGAAGUGGAAUAGGAUAGUUACUAAUUAUAACUACCCCCUUUUUACUUAUCUCUCCUGUGAUCUGGGCUUAGUGAGAGCCCAGUCCGGAUAUAACUACCUAACCUAAGAUAAAAAGAAAGAUGGGUGUUCUUCGUCAAGGAGUUGCCUUGCGACCCCUCACUACUGUUUCGAGAUCUAUGUCCGCUGCGUCGAUAUCGAGACAAUCUUUCUCUCGGACUCUAAGCCGUCAAUUCUCCGUGUCUAGCACUAGGAUGGCUUCGAGUUAUCUUCCCGGCGAGCCAGAGCGCCCUGUCGUGAAGACGGAGAUUCCUGGUCCGGCAUCCAAAGAGUACAUCACCAAAUUGACUCAGGUCUUCGACACCCGGAGUUUGAACAUGCUCGCCGACUACACCAAGAGCGUUGGUAACUACAUUGUCGAUCCGGAUGGAAAUGCUCUGCUCGACGUCUACGCUCAAAUUGCCUCGAUACCUGUCGGGUACAACAACCCGGGUUUGAGAAAAGCCGCCGAGAGCCCGGAGAUGGUCACUGCACUAAUUAACCGACCGGCUCUGGGUAACUUCCCCUCGCAUGACUGGGCGGACGUCUUGGAGACUGGUAUUCUGAAGGUAGCACCCAAGGGACUUGACCAGGUCUUCACGGGUAUGGCUGGAUCGGAUGCGAACGAAACUGCGUACAAAGCAGCUUUCAUGUGGCGUCGUCAACGCGAGCGGGGUGGCCCUGCCGUUGAGUUCACCCAAGAGGAGCUGGAGUCGUCUAUGCUGAACAAAUCUCCCGGCGCAUCUGAACUUUCUAUCCUGUCCUUCAAGACUGCCUUCCACGGCCGUCUGUUCGGCACCCUCUCGACGACCAGGUCGAAGCCUAUCCAUAAGCUCGACAUUCCCGCCUUCGACUGGCCCCACGCUACCUUCCCUCAACUCAAGUACCCUCUUGAGGAGCACGCUGAAGAAAACGCCAAGGCCGAAGCUGACUCCCUCGCCGAAGUCGAACAUCUUAUUAAGAACUACCACGUACCACCUGCCGCCGUAAUCGUAGAGCCUAUUCAAUCCGAGGGUGGUGACAACCACGCCUCGCCGGCUUUCUUCCGAGGCCUACGUGCGCUAACCAAGAAGCACGGAAUCCUACUAAUCGUGGACGAGGUUCAGACAGGUGUCGGCGCCACCGGAAAAUUCUGGGCUCACGAGCACUGGGACCUUCCCGAUCCCCCAGACAUGGUGACCUUCAGCAAGAAAGCCCAAACAGCCGGCUUCUACUACGGAGACCCGACCUUGCGCCCUAACAAGCCGUACCGGCAGUUCAACACGUGGAUGGGCGACCCGGCGCGUGCGCUGCUCUUCCGCGCUAUCAUCGAGGAGAUCCAGCAGCACGACCUGGUCGGCAACACGGCGCGCGUCGGCGACUACCUCUUCGGCAAGCUGGAAGGGCUAGCUAAGAAGUACCCGGGCCAGUUCGACAACCUACGCGGCAAGGGCCAGGGCACGUUCAUCGCCUUCGACAACCCGGACCGCGACGGGUUCCUCACGAAGGCCAAGAAAUUCGGCGUCAAUAUCGGCGGCAGUGGCGCUACUGCGGUCCGCCUGCGGCCGAUGCUGAUCUUUGAAAAGCACCAUGCUGAUAUCCUGGUCGAGGCGCUGGAGAAGGUUGUUUCGAGCUGAGUGGGCGGGCGGGUUGUUUGCUUGUUAAACCGAUGCCAUGGGUUUACUUAGACGGUCUUUAAACUACACGAUAAUAUGGCUGGCUGGGACAUGGGAUAUGGAGUGCGCGCGUGAUUCGGAUGCGUAUGAAUUUACGAAGAAAAUGCAGGAGAGGGGAAAGGAACUGAAAUGGAUGGAUGGAUCGAUGGAGGCCGUCCUGUCUCCCGGGAAAAUGUGGCUAUAUUGAUCCGGGUACUACUAUACCUACUUGCCUUAGUUACCUUACCUUACCUAUCUUGCUUAUAUCUGCUUUGGUUUGGUGUGCCUACACAUUAGGUAAUUGAC